CCCGAACGGUGUACGGACUGCUGACCAAGGACCUCGCGGGGACACAACGUGAGACUUAGUCUAAAGCUGAGAGCACUGUCAAUGAAAUGGAUGCUCAUCUGGGCCUGGUGACCAAUGCGAUUUCUGCGGUGCAAGCGAUUCUCAAGGCGAGGGAGGAAAUACAGGCUGCGCCAAUCAAAAUUGUGGACUUAGUAGAGCAGGUGCAGAAUGCGGGUAGGCUACUUUCGAGGGUUCAAGGGCUUCUAGAGCAGGUGUCUGAUCCUCAGACACUAGAAUCACUGCUUCCUCCUCUGCAGCAACUUGGGCAGGAGCUGAACAUUGCCAAGAUUAAAGUGGAAGAGUACAAGUUCAAGGCUACUGGAUCGACAUCUGUAGUAUCUGGAAUCAAGACGGUGCUCGGCUAUGGUGUUGCAACGCGCAACCGCAAAGUCGAAGACAUCUCCAAGCGCAUCCAAAAUGCCUUGGUGCAGCUAGACCAAGCGUUGGGUGCGGAGGUCUUUGGGAAGUUCUUUGUCACACCUGCUUCUGCUGCUGCUGCUGCUGGUGACUCUACUCCCGAGUUAAUUUCACAGCUGGACAAACUCAGCAUAGAGUCGCUAGACUCUGAAGAGUUCAGUGUAUCAGUGGAGAUUGGGGGGAUUGAGGGGAGUGAGUUCCAUCCGCCCGAACCUGGAUUGGAGGUGAAGGUUCAAGGAGACGAGGAAAAUCGAGUUGCACGAGAUGGCGGAUAUGAGCUGCAGAGUUCUAGCAAGCUAAGGUUUGAAAUCGCUGUAGAAGAUGAUGGGUUCUUUUACAUCAUCACGUAUGAUCCCGAAGAAGGUGCACCUCUGCUUUACUAUCCGAAGGUCUCAUCAGCCAACAACAGCCUUCGAUGCAAGUUCAAUCGCGUCUUCCCAGACAGUAGCAGGCAUAAGCAUGAUCCAAAAAGCUUUCGAGUUGAAAAGAGUGGCCUGAAACGUGUAGGACAGCAAGCCGUUUACUUCGUCCUCUCUCAAACCAAGUUGCACCAAGAUACACCUUCUAGAAAGCUCGAAAUUGAAGAGGUCCAACAAGAGCUACAAGACGACUCCCACCAGAUUUAUGUUCGGAAGUUUGACUUCGACAUCCUUGGUUCGUGAAGCCAUCUUCUCAAAUUAGGCGACACAAAGUAGAUUACAUCCAUAUGGCUAUGGAACAAAAGCAAGUAGAGCGUGAGAUACAAAGCCGCAUUAGUACAGGUAUGACGCUGUUCUCAA